GCUUGGACCUAUUAUCACUGAACCCUUUUCGUAUACAUGAUACUAACGUGUGCUGUUUGCGAAUCACCAACAGCACAAUCGGCUCAUUUCGGUGCGAGAACGUGUAAGGCAUGUGCGGCAUUUUUCCGCCGAACGGUUUCCGCUAAGCUCGUCUACAAAUGUCGCGAGGAGGCUUCAUGCACUAUUCACUAUGAAAAGCGUAUGUUGUGCAGAAAAUGUCGCUACGACAAGUGUAUUGCGGCAGGGAUGAGCCGAAAUCUUGUGCAAUCUAUGCGAGCUACCGCUCAUACGCUGCUUGUCAGCCAAUGCUCAGCAGAGAAAAACUGUAAUCCUUCGACUUUCGAUUCUCCGAGGAUUUCUCCUAGCGACCGAGGAAUAGGCACAGAAGAAAGAAAAUGUGUUGUUGAGCACUACACACGCAUUGAAGCAGAUUUGAAUAGCAGAAGGAGAAUGCUGUACACCAACACAAAAAUGUCGAACAUUUUCACUACAAGAUGCGAAUGUCCUUUUGAAAAGCAAGAUUUGAAACCAUUCAACUACAAGACAUUUGUUGGUAAUUCGAGAUCUGAUUUCAUCAUGUUAUACGGUUACACCACAGGUUUCAUGCAAUUCGAUGAUUUGGAUCCUGCUGAAAAGCAAACCCUGUAUCGAUACACUUGUGCUGUGGAUAUGUUUCUGAACUCUGCAUACUUCACAUCAAGAAUUUCAUUCAACGAGAAGCGGAUAGCAACCAUAGGCUGCGAGUAUAUUUGUGUCGAAGGAACUCCGAUGACAGGAGAUGAGCCGUGGGCCCAGCAUCUAUUCGCCAAUAGGGAAGACCAAGACAGAUAUAAGUCGAUCGUUCCAAGACAUGUCGCACUGUGGAAGAGUUUGAUUGUCCCCUUUCACAGAUUGAGGCUUCAGUUCGACGAGUUCUGCGCUUUGAAAGCACUUAUCUGUUGGCAUAUAAGUCACUACAAACUGGGAGCCAACGGGCGACGAAUAUGCAGCAAUCAAAGGAACCUAAUAAUUAAGUGCUUAAACGAUAUGGCUUGUGAACGUUCAAGCUGUCCAGAGGAGUGGAUGGGGAACCUCAUUCUGUUUAUAUCUUGCGUAGUCAAGGAAAUAAUCGAACUGGUCAAUUCCUUAGUGAUGAUCACAUUCUUCAACAUUUUCGACUGCGAUUCCGUAAUCAAAGAUCUCAUGGAGAACGAAAGCUACUAACCUUGAGAGGGAUCCACACGACAACAAACGAUGACGAUAUAAUCCUUUGAUGC